UUCCUGUUGCCACUUCUGAGUCUAAUAGUCGCAAACUACUUUUUGUUUCAUUUAAAUGAGCGGCCAGACUUCAUUUUCAAUGAUGAACAGGACCCAGCUGAAAAGGUCCAGUAUUUUGAGGAUGGCUGGUGUUGAAAUGGUUGACCGAGAUGGGAUCGGAGAAACCUUUAUUCUGCGGGCUGCAAAGAUAGCAGCUGUAGUAGUGCUGUACUGGUUCGUCUCCAUAACAAUGGUGUUCUUAAAUAAUUACUUGCUGGACAACGGCGACCUGAACGCGCCACUGUUUGUGACUUUCUACCAAUGUCUUGUGACAGUGGGGUUGUGCUGGCUGAUGCAGCUGUUUUCUGCAGCGUUCCCACAAUUGAUUGACUUCCCGUCAGUCAAAUUUGAUUUGAAGACGUCCCGUGAAGUUCUGCCUCUUUCAGUGGUCUUUAUUGGCAUGAUAUCCUUCAACAAUCUAUGCCUGAAAGAAGUUGGAGUGGCCUUCUACACCGUGGGACGUUCGCUCAGCACUGUCUUUAAUGUUUUUCUGUCAUAUAUCAUCCUGAAACAGACCACUUCUUUCAAAGCCAUGUUAUGCUGUGGGAUCAUUAUAGGUGGAUUCUUGCUUGGUGUGGACCAGGAAGGCAUAGCGGGGUCACUAUCCUGGUCUGGUGUCUUCUUUGGUGUGAUGGCCAGUGCCUGUGUGUCCCUUUACGCCAUAUUCACUAAGAAAGUGAUGCCUGCAGUGGAUGGAAAUAUCUGGAAACUGUCCUACUAUAACAAUAUCAAUGCAUCCGUCCUUUUUCUCCCACUCAUUAUUUUGUUUGGAGAGGUGGAGCGCAUCGUCUCGUAUAGUCACCUCACUGAUCUGUGGUUUUGGAGCAUGAUGACACUUGGAGGAGCAUUUGGCUUUGCCAUUGGUUAUGUCACUGGCCUGCAGAUCAAGUAUACCAGUCCGCUGACGCACAAUGUCUCGGGGACUGCUAAAGCCUGUACUCAGACUGUGAUAGCAGUGGUUUACAACUAUCACAGCAAAAGUCAUCUAUGGUGGACCAGUAACAUGUUGGUUCUUGGUGGUUCUUCAGCCUACUCGUGGGUCAAGAGCCAUGAAAUGAAGAUACUGCCGUCCAAGCAGCCUAAUGAUUCAACUCAAGAGAAACUAUUUGGGGAGAAAGGAAACAUGGGGGUAUAGUACACACACACACACACAUUGAGGUGAAAAAAAAAUCCAAAAUGUUUUUAUCCUUUAUGUUUUGUUUCUGAAUUUUUAGUGUACAGUAGUACAGUACAUGAUGGCAGAUGUAUAUGUAUGGUAAUGUGGGAUGUUAUACUGUGGGUUUAUGGUUUAGACAGUCAUGUGAUGUAGUGGUGUGAACAAAUUUAAAUGUGUUGCAAUUAAAAUGGUGCCUUGACGUUACUGUUCGAGCAUUCUGUAAAAAUGAGUUUGUAAUUUACUGUUAACUGAAAAAAAAAAAAAAAAAAAAAAAAAAACAA